CCAGAUAGGCUACGUCAUACUUUUUGGGCGUGGACCAAGUUAGCAAGCUAGGAGCUAGCUAGCAGAAACAGACCGCCCGGACACCCCGAAACACAGCUAGCUGGCUAUACCACAAAUCGUGGUAGUGAUAAUAUUGUCACUGAAUUCAAAUUAACAGGUUUAAGAGAAUACCAACCAUGUCUGAUGGAGAGGGUUACGUGGUGCGUGUGAGAGGCCUACCAUGGUCCUGCUCUGUGGAUGAAGUACGGAGGUUCUUCUCAGAUUGUAAAAUCGCCAACAAUGGCACCAGCAUCCAUUUUACCUCCACGCGUGAGGGCCGACCCAGCGGAGAGGCCUUCGUUGAGCUGGAGAAUGAGGAUGACCUGAAGAUCGCUGUGAAGAAGGACAGAGAAACCAUGGGCCACAGAUAUGUGGAAGUUUUUAAAUCCAACAACGUGGAAAUGGACUGGGUGAUGAAACAUUCUGGUCCAAACAGCCCAGAAACGACUGGAGACGGCCUAGUCAGGCUCCGAGGCCUCCCCUUCGGCUGCAGCAAGGAGGAGAUUGUCCAGUUCCUCUCAGGGUUGGAAAUCGUGCCAAAUGGGAUAACAUUGCCGCUGGACUUCCAGGGGAGGAGUACGGGGGAGGCCUUCGUGCAGUUUGCUUCACAGGAUAUAGCUGAAAAGGCUCUAAAGAAACACAAGGAAAGAAUAGGGCACAGGUACAUUGAGAUCUUCAAGAGCAGCCGUGCCGAGGUGAGGACCCACUAUGAACCCCAGAGGAAACCUAUGGGGAUGCAGAGACCGGGGCCCUAUGACAGACCGUCUGGGGGCCGUGGGUACAACAUGAUGGGGGGCCGAGGAGGGGGCUCCUACGACAGGGCUAGACGCGGAGGCUAUGGUGGAGGUGUGUCUGAUGGGCGGUAUGGUGACAGUAGCUCCUCCUUCCAGAGCACCACGGGUCACUGUGUUCACAUGAGGGGUCUGCCCUACAGAGCCACAGAGACUGACAUCUACAAUUUCUUCUCUCCUCUGAAUCCAGUGAGAGUGCAUGUAGAGAUCGGGCCAGACGGCAGAGUGACAGGUGAGGCUGACGUGGAGUUUGCUACACAUGAGGAUGCUGUGGCAGCCAUGUCGAAGGACAAGGCCAACAUGCAGCACCGCUAUGUGGAGCUGUUCCUGAACUCUACAGCAGGGGGCAGUAAUGGCUCGUACGGCAGUCCAAUGCAGGGGGGUAUGGGAAGCCAGUCCUCCUAUAGCAGUGGAGGGCUGAGCUCGGGAUACUCUGGAGGCUACAGCAGCCAGGGCAGCAUGGGAGGUUACAGUGACUAUAGUAACCAGGGCGGUAUGAGCAGCAGUUACUAUGGCGGCAGUGGAGGCAGGAGUUCCAAUGGCCUGGGGUCAGGAUGGGGGAUGUAGGUCUUUAACCCAGCAUGUGUUUGGCUGGAAGGACUGGAAUUGUAGUUCCCACCUGGUCUUUUGGAUGGGUUUUGUAGUGCUGAGCCAAUUUAUAGUGAGGGUUGGGAAAUGUAUUGUUUUAGACUGAUUGUAUUCAUGAUUGAGGCUCCUUUGAAGUUAGGUUGGUAGAAAUAAGAGCUGUUUUGUUUCCAUCCUCUCCUCCUGUUGUUAAUGACAAGACUGCAGCAACAAACCGUGGUCGUUUCAUCUUUACCAGGAAGUGUGCGUUUUGUUUUAACAAAGAUUCAAAACAACCAACUGUGAUUGACCCAGUCUGUCUAUUUAACCCACAGUAGUUCACUUUGUUGAUCUGAGGUUUUAUUUGACCAUUAAGUGACUGACUUCAGGGUUGGGGUAAAUUCAAUUUAAAUUCCAGUCAAUUCAGAAAGUAAACCAAAUUCCAAUUGUACAUUUUCAUAAGUGAAAAGCAUUGACCCUGCCAGACUGUCAUAUCUGAGCGUAUGAACCAACGCUUCUGUAAAUAGUCUUCUAGAUGUUCCUGGACUUUUCUCCAGUAGCUGCAAAGAUCUCUAGCCUUUCUGUUGAAGUCUGAAACAAUGUUAGAAUAAUGGUGUGUGAAGUUGUCAUUUUACAUGGUGAACCAAGAGCACGUUUAAGUUAGUUUUAUAUGGGAGGGUUUGGGGGAAUUCUCCACGAGGGAUGGAUGCUUUACUUAGUUGGCAAACAAACCUGAACUGUUUAAGGUUUCUUUCUGCCUAUGCAGGAUUCUUUGUAUUUCUUGUAAAGUGAAUACAAUUUGAAGAUGUUUUACA